GCCACAAAGGGGCGAUCUGUCGAUUAGAAACUUAUAGGUGUACUCUACUGGCCCAUGGGUCAGUACUUACUGUCCACUGCCCAGUACUACUCUAUCUUUUUACCUUUUUAUUAUUCUACUUUACCACAAUUCACACAAUACAUAUUCUCAAUUCCUUCUUCUUCUUCUUCUCCAACUUCUUCUUCUUCUUCUUCACUUCUUUUCAAGUCUUAUCUUUAUUAUCCCUUUGUGUGAUAAUAUUCACCACAUUUUUUUCAAAAUUCUCUUUCACUUACUCUGCUUCAUCCAAAAAUUUCCUCCAAUUCCCUCUUUGCCAAGGCACUCAAUAAUGGCCAAAGCUAGGCCUAUAUUAAUACUCUUCAUCUUGUUUUUUGCUGCACAAGAAUCCAGAAGUGAAGCACCACCUUAUCUUGAUAAGCUGGCCAAAUUCUCUACCACUGAACCACAUGACAAACAUCAGGAAAAUAAUUAUAGUGGUGGGAGAAGAUUAAUGAUAGGAUCAACAGCACCAAGAUGCACAUACAAUGAGUGUAGAGGAUGCAGAUUCAAAUGCCGAGCAGAGCAAGUCCCCGUAGAAGGAAAUGACCCAAUUAAUAGUGCAUAUCACUAUAAAUGUAUUUGUCAUAGGUAAUAAUAAUAAUAAUAUUAAUAUUAAUAGACACCUUCAUUAAUUAUAUUCUGUUGUUAUUAAUUUUGGGACCCAAAUUGUACUAGUCAAAAAAAGUAGAACAAUAUAUUUUUUUUCGGUUUCUUCUUAUAAUAAUUAAUUACCAACAUAUAUACAAUUGUGUACACUCAUUCUAA